AUGCCGAUGCCCAAGGGUCGGCAGAGGACUCCACGGAAGGCUCUUCCGCAAGGCACUCUCAAGGGUUCACCACUGGCCACAAUACCCGGAUCGCCGGCGGACACGUCUCAAGGCUCUUCGCAGGGAACGCUUCACGGAUCUCCAGAGGAACUUGCAGCAGCGACGCCCAUGGCCACGCCCAUGGCCACGCCCCAGGCAACCUCCGAGGCGGCACCACAGCUAUCGGAUCCCCAAGCUCCUCCGGUGGAUCCAAAAGCAAUCGCCCCUUGGUGUCGGCACGAAAAUUGCACUGGAGGAGCUUCACACAAAGCCAACGGAGCCGCGGCCCCGGCGCUGCUGUACCAGGAGCCCAGCCAAUGGCCGCCCAUAGGAGCGUCAGCGCGCUCCACGUCUGGAGGAGCCACCGCCUCCGCAGCCCUGCCGGCUGCUGCAGGCCUGCAACGCGCCAGCUCAUCGACUUCGCUGGGACCGAAUCCCUGGCCACUAAUUGGGGCACCAUCGCGGCCGCCAUCACGUGCCAUGCCACGCAACGCAUCACGGGGACCAGCACGAGCCACAUCGCGUGGUCCAGCACGAGCCACAUCACGUGGUCCGCCACGGGCUAGCUCACGCGGGCCACAGCGCAGGUCUCAGCGCUCCACCUCGCGGGCCCAUCGACAGCCGCAUCCAUCCGUGGUGCUCGGCUGUACACCGUGGGCUCACGUCAAGGCUGCCGCAGCGCCCGGCGGCCUGGCCAAGCUGCAUGCUGUUGCAGAUCAGCACAAGCUGCACGCGGCCGACGGUCAGCGCUUCAGCCACUACAAUCAUCACAGCUAUCAGAAUUUGCACGGCAGCAGCAACAGCCAGCAGAACAGCAACAAUCAGAACCAGACCAAGAGGAUCUACGGUGGCGUUCCCAAGACCGAGCCCUCAAGCCGCAUGUACACGGGCAUCCUGCCACCACCGCCGCGCGUCCCGAUGCCACAGGCCAAUCUACCGACACCCCACAUGCUGGAGGAUCAACAGCUUGGCCUGGCCAUGUCCAAGCAACUGUCGCUGGCACACACCCGCCAGUACACGGCCAUACAGAAGCGUCCGCAAAUAAUCAAGAAAGGCCGCACUUCCGAGCCCGAUCGCAAUCCGGACACCCCCAAGCCGAAGGGGCCCGCCAACUAACGAACUCCCCACCCCACAUUCAGUCAA